AUGGCCAGCGAAGCCCAAGACUCGCAUCGCAAGCACCGCCGGGCCUCUUCCUCCUCCGACGAGGCGGAGAAGUCGUCGAAGCGCCACAAGCACCGUCACCACCAUCGCCACCACCGUCACCGUCAUGGCAGCAAAAAGCGCGAAGGCGAUGUCAAGCCGGCCGUUGACGAUAUUGAAGCUCCUCUGGCGGCUGUUCUGUUAUCUUCUUCAGGUGCCAAUAGUUCUAGGCCAGAUGAAGACGUGGAGGAAGGCGAAAUUCUCGAGGAGGAGGGUGUCGGUGGUCACGACGACGGCGUCUUGAAGACGACAGCCGGCUCUGAUGCCGAGUCUGGUGAAAUUGAAGCUCUUGGAGUUCGCGAUCAGUCUGAUAAUCGAAAUCUGGGAAUUUUUGUCGAUAACAUUGAUAAUAAUUCAAAAACCAUGAGAGAGCACUGUAGUGACGAUGAUACUCGAAUUCAUGUUGGUGGCAAGUCUCGGUAUGAGACUGGGUUGCCCAGACAUUCCAGUAUCGAGCCUCAAGAUGAUUUAGCUUCCAGAUUAGGCAUAGAGGAUCAUGCCAAUGGCAAUUCCCACCGGUUUCACAAAGAGGAGAAGAGGCGGCACAGGGAAUCUGGGUUGCCUUCUAAAGAAAGUGAUAAGCGAAAGCAUUACUAUGAUGAUGAAAAAGUGGAUGAUGAUAGAAGCAAAGUAGCUAAUCGAAAAAAGCCAUCUUCUGGAAGUAGUGGAGACAAGCACAAGACCUUGGUACGUUCACCAUCUCGUGAUAGAUGCGGGGAUGAUUUACAUGGUAGGAGCAGAUCGAGGUCAUAUGAUCAUGUGAGGGAGAGGUCAUGCUCCCGCAGUAGAGUAGAAGAGGAGGCCCUUUCUAAAAGGAGACGUUAUCAAGAACGAGACACUGCAGUAUCUGUAGAGAAAAAUAAGGCUACGUUCGACUCUGGUGAUGAAGGAGUGGUUCGGAGGCAUGACAGUGAUGAUUUGGCUAGGGAUGAUGAACGAGAACAGAGUAUUAGUUAUAGCAGAUACUCUGUAUCCGAUCGUAGCAGAGAGAGAGAGAGGAGUAGGGAGAGGGAGGUGGAUAGGAUUCAGAGAAGGGAGAAAGAACAAGAAAGGAGCAGAAAUAGGGAUCGGAGAAGGGAUGGAGAAAGAGAAAGGAGUAGUGACAGGGAUUUGGUUAGGGACAGGAAAAGGGGAAUUGGACGAGAUGAUAGCAGGGAAAGGAGAAGAGAAGAGCGACAUAGGAGCAGAGACAUGGAGAACAGGGACAGAAAAAGGGAGGAAGAAAACAAUAGGAGCAGGGACCGGAUCAAGGCUGAUAGGGACAGAGAUAUGGAGAGGGAUCGAGAUAGGGACAGAGUUACAGACCGGAAAUGGGAGAGGCGAGAUGAUAGAGACAGGGAUAAGGGUCGAGAUAUGGAGAGGGAGAAAUAUGAAAAUCUUGAAGACAGCUAUGGAAAUCGAGAUAGCAAUAAACAUUCUGGUCGAUCAAGGCAUGAUGAAAAAGAAUACAACCAGGACAGAACAAGAAAAACUGAUCCAGCAAAGGUUCAGAGUUCAAACAGUUAUGCUGCAGAAGGGAUUGAAGAGAGACCAAAAAGAGGUGAAGAUGAACAAGAAGACAAUGAAGAGAGGGCCACUUUUCAAUUUGCUGAGCAGGAAGAGGAAGAUCUGAACAGGAUCAAGGAGGAGAGUCGAAGAAGAAGGCAAGCGAUCUUAGAAAAAUACAGAAAUCAGCAGUCACAGCAAACAAAUGAGUUACAAAAAACUGAGUCACAGUUACAGCAACGAAUUGAACCUCAGCCUCUUUUGGAGGGUGUGGAUAAAGACAAAGAUCCUCAAGAUCAUGCGACCGAAUCAGCUGGUGUUGCCAAAUCUGGUGCAGAAACUGAUGAUGGCAGGAGUGAUGAAGAUGUGUCUCUUGCUGUAUUUUCAAUUUCACCUCAGCAGAAUGGUGAUGUUGCUUCUAGGAUGACAUCUGGUGCCACUGGGCUUGGAGAGGGUACUCCAAAGAGUGAAAGAUCUGAUGUCAUUUUCUGUGAUGAUAUCUUUGGUGAGACCCCAGUUGGAGUUAGAAAAUCGGGCAAAGGAGAUGGUGUUCGAAUUGAAAGGAGUGGUCUUCAUGACAACUGGGAUGAUGCAGAAGGGUACUACAGCUACCGGUUUGGGGAACUACUUGAUGCCCGAUAUGAAAUUACUGCUGCUCACGGAAAGGGUGUCUUUUCAACCGUAGUUCGUGCAAAGAACCUUAAAGUUGGUAACGGUGAACCCGAUGAAGUGGCAAUUAAGAUUAUACGUAGCAAUGACACUAUGUACAAGGCUGGUAUGACGGAGUUGGCCAUAUUGAAGAAAUUAGUAGGUCAAGAUCCAGAAAAUAAGCGCCACUGUGUUCGUUUUCUAUCAAAUUUCAAGUAUCGAAAUCAUCUUUGUUUAGUUUUUGAAUCUCUUCAUAUGAAUCUCCGUGAGGUCUUAAAGAAGUUUGGGCGCAAUAUUGGUCUUAAGCUAACUGCUGUGAGAGCAUAUGCCAAGCAACUUUUUAUUGCACUGAAGCAUCUAAAAAACUGUGGUGUUCUUCAUUGUGAUAUAAAGCCAGAUAACAUGCUGGUAAAUGAGGCUAAAAAUGUGCUGAAGCUUUGUGAUUUCGGUAAUGCCAUGUUUGCUGGAAAGAACGAAGUUACACCGUACUUAGUCAGCCGCUUUUACCGUGCCCCUGAAAUAAUUCUUGGCUUGUCUUAUGAUCAUCCAUUGGAUAUCUGGUCAGUUGGUUGCUGUUUGUACGAACUCUCUACCGGAAAAGUUCUUUUUCCUGGUGCUACAAACAAUGAUAUGCUACGUCUUCACAUGGAAUUGAAAGGGCCAUUCCCAAAGAAGAUGCUUCGGAAGGCAUCAUUUACCCAUCAACAUUUUGACCAGGAUCUGAACUUCCAUGCCACAGAAGAUGAUCCUGUUACAAAGAAGACUAUCAAACGGGUGAUUCUCAAUAUGAAGCCAAAAGAUAUUGGAUCGAUUAUUACAGGUUCUUCUGGUGAGGAUCCAAAGAUGUUGGCCGAUUUUAAAGAUCUUUUAGAUAAAAUGUUUGUGUUGGAUCCAGACAAGAGGUUGACAGUAUCACAAGCUUUGAGCCAUCCAUUCAUCACUGGCAAGUGA